AUAGCAUUCGAAUAACGGCGUAAUCAUUCAAAUUUGGUCACUGAAUAUUUUCUAUAUCAACCCAAUCUCUCCUGUCCCCUUUCUACUUCUCUCACUAUUAAUUUUUUUGUUUGUUUUCGUAAACUUUGCCCUUUUAUACUCUUCAACUCUCAAUACUCCCCCUCCUGUCCCCCAGACACAGAAACAUACAGAAACACGUAAACCAACAAACCAACAACUGUAAUUUUCUUUUUUUUCUCUAUUCAUCCAUCCACAUUCUCACAUCCUUAAUAUUAUCACUCGCUCAUGUCUCCUCCAGCCAAAGAAACAAAGUCCUACCGCGUCCCCAACUCUGAGGUUCCGGGAAGCACGUAUAUUCUGCGCAACCACCUCACCAAGGACUCGCCUGAGAUGCCGCCCCACCGCGAGGUGCUCCCCGACAAUGUGCUCGGCAUGCUGCAGUACUCCGCCAAAACUCACCCCAACGCCGAUUUUCUCGGUCGGCGCGUGUACAACAAGGAUGCAAACAAGUUUGGCGACUUCCAGUGGAUGACGUACGGCGAGGCCUACGACCGGUCGCUAAAAAUUGGCAGCGGACUCGUGCAUUUAAUGCAAAAGCACGUGCGCCCCGACUCAGAUAUAAGCGCUCUGACCAGGCUACCCAUGGGCUUAUAUGCAAUCAACCGGGUGGAGUGGGUGCUGGCGGAUUACGCAGCAGUGUCGCAGAACUGGUACUCGGUCGCGCUGUACGAUACGCUGGGCGCGGAUUCAAUCGAGUAUAUUCUCAAUCACGCAGAAAUUGAAAUACUUGUGUGCUCCCUUGACAAGGUGCCCAAGAUCCUCAAGCUGCGCGAGAAGCUGCCGAAGCUCAAGGUUGUUGUGUCGCUGGACAGCUUUGCGCCCGAGACAAGGGAAGAGUCCCUCCCGAGCCCGUUCAACACAAGCAGCGUCAGUGUGCUGAUGCAGUGGGCGGACGCCAUGGACAUUGCGCUCUACGAUCUGGCGGCCGUCGAGGCACUGGGCGCCGAGUCACCCGUGCACCCUCGCACGCCUAAGCCUGAUGACAUAUUCUGUCUCUGCUACACAUCGGGAACAACGGGCACACCUAAGGCGGCGAUGAUCCUGCACAGAAACAUGGACUACGUGCAGCGCGUCGCGCCUUUCCUUAUUCCGCUCAAGGGGAUUCCUGUCGCCCUGGCGUACCUGCCCCUGGCACACAUCUACGAGCGGUUUGUCGAGGUGUACAUUAUGUCUGCGGGCGGGCGUAUUGGCAUGUACUCGGGCAACAUCCUCAAUGUCGUCGACGAUCUCCAGACGCUGCGUCCCAAUGUUUUCACCAGCGUGCCGCGCCUACUCAACCGCAUCUACGACCGCCUAGUAGCCGGCACUAUCCAUGCGCCAGGACUGACGGGCGUCAUUGCGCGCAAGGCAGUGGCCGACAAGAUGGCCAAUUUGGAGGCUGGAAAGGGCAACACCCAUAUGUUUUGGGACCGCAUACUGUUCCGCAAGAUUGGCGCGUUACUGGGAGGCAACCUCGAGUUUGUGCUCACAGGCAGCGCGCCCAUCGACAAGAACGUGCUGCAGUUUCUGCGCAUUUGCUUCUGCUGUCUGGUCACCGAGGGCUGGGGCGCCACCGAGACCUGCGGUAUGGGCGUUGUCAAUGUCAGCACGGAGAACCAGGCUGGCCGUGUCGGUGUUCCGCAGCCCGCGAUGGAGCUGAAACUUACAGAUGUGCCCGACAUGAACUACCUGUCGACGGACAAGCCUUUCCCACGCGGCGAAAUGAUGGUGCGCGGACCUUGCGUUUUUGGCGGAUAUUACAAGGACGCAAAAAAGACCGCCGAGACCAUCCUUGAGGGAGGAUGGCUAUCCACGGGCGACAUUGGGCAGAUCAAUACCGACGGCACGGUUUCCAUCAUUGACCGCAAGAAAAACAUUUUCAAGCUGUCCCAGGGUGAGUAUGUUGCUCCCGAGGCUCUUGAGAAUAUCUACGGGAAGGACAGUCUUGUGCAGCAGAUGUUUGUCCAUGGCGAUUCGCUGCAGAGUUGCCUUGUCGGUGUUAUUGUACCGGAUCUAGAGACAUUCGAGCCCUGGGCCAAAAAUAUUGCCAAUAUCAGCGGCCCUGCGGCUACGCCAGAGGCGCUUUGCGCUCAUGCCGAGGUCAACCGUGCACUGCGCGAUAGGCUGGCCGAUGCUGGGCGCAAGGCCAAGCUACAGGGAUACGAGAUCCUUAAGGCUAUCAAGCUCGACCACAGACCGUUUGAUAUUGAAAGUAACGGCAUACUGACGCCGACCAUGAAGUUGCGCCGCAAUAUUGCCGCAGACUACUACCGUCCAGAUAUUGACGCCAUGUAUGCGAGCAUCACAGGCACUGCAAAAAAGUAAUAAGUCCGUGUAAAUGAUAUUAUGUAUACACGUGAUGUAUGCCAUACUCGAAUCCGCUUGUUGUAUUUGCAGCUCAAUAGUACAUAAAUAAAAUCAAUUAUUUUUAAAAUUAAUAUUAUCCGACGUUGAUCCGCG